CACAAUUCAAUUCUCUCCUUCCCAACUCUCUCUCUCUCUCUCUCUCUCUCUCUCUCUCCCUCGAUCAAAACUCAAAUUUAGAGCGGAAAAAGACUCGGGCUUUGGACUUUGAUUUGAAACAAGAGAGGAAGGAAAACCAACACAGAGGUUAGAUUAGAGAUUCACAAGAAGAAUGUCUGAGAAUGAAAUCAGCCCCACCAUAAAGCUCUUCGGAAAGACCAUACCUUUGGCUUCGGCGCCACUCAACGGCCAUGAGGUUCCGACCAAUGAUGACCCGCCAUGUGGAGCUUCCGACUCUGCUGUUGACUCUAAGAUUGCUGCUGCUGCUGCUGCUACCGGUGGUGGUGCUGUUGAAGAAGAAGAUUGCUCAGUCAAGCUUCCUUGUUGUUCAGAAACUACUUCGCCUGAAGACCAAGAGAACAAGGAAACAAUAUCAGGCAAAGAAUUCACUGCUGACAAAGAGGAAGAUAAUCCCUUAGAUCAAUUCACAGAAGACUUGAAACCUCCAACAACAUCGUCGGGAAUUAGUGAGAAUCCCAAAACUCCCUCAGCUGAUAGAGAAACUUCAGUAUCUCUGAAAUCUUCUAAGAAUGGAGAACAGAGUGAUGAGACCAGUUGCUCACAAGACAAGACUCUGAAGAAGCCAGACAAGAUACUUCCAUGUCCCCGAUGUAAUAGCAUGGACACCAAGUUCUGUUACUACAACAACUACAACGUCAAUCAGCCCCGCCAUUUUUGCAAGAACUGUCAAAGAUACUGGACUGCCGGAGGAAUCAUGAGGAAUGUUCCUGUGGGAGCUGGUCGUCGCAAGAACAAGAACGCUUCAUCAGCUUCACACUAUCGUCACAUGUUAAUGUCGGAUGCUCUCCAAACAGCUCAUGCUAGUGCUGCUGGUGCUUCUAAUGGUGCGCACAAUCCAACAUUGGGAAGAAAUGGCACUGUCCUUACCUUUGGUUCAGAUUCUCCUCUUUGUGAAUCAAUGGCUUCUGUAUUGAACCUCGCCGAGAAAACACAAAACUCUCUUCAGAAUGGUUUUCAUGUACCUGAUCAACAAAGAAUUCUGGUUCCUUCCAUAACUGGAGAUAAUGGGGAUGACCAAUCAAGUGGAUCGUCUAAUGUUACAGCUUCGAAUUCAUCAGAGAGGGGAUGCAAAGCUGGUAUACAAGAACCAGCAGUUCACAACUGUCAAAGCUUCUCUCCUCAUCAAGUACCAUGCUUUCCAGGCUCCCCUUGGCCUUAUCCAUGGAACUCACCUCAGUGGACCUCUGCAAUGCCUCCACCCACAUUCUUCCAUUCAGGGUUUCCCAUAUCAUUCUACCCUGCACCACCGUACUGGGGCUGCACUGGACCCGGCUCUUGGAAUGUACCAUGUAAUUCUCCACCAUCCUCCAAUCUUAGCCACUGUGGUACAAGCUCUGGUCCAAAUUCCCCGACCUUAGGGAAACAUCCAAGAGACGGGGACAUUCUUAAUCAAGCCAGCUCUCAAAAAGAAGAGUCCAGCAGAGAUAACAGGUCAGAUAGAUGUGUUUUGAUUCCGAAAACGUUAAGGAUUGAUGAUCCUAGUGAAGCUGCAAAGAGCUCUAUAUGGGAAACACUUGGCAUCAAGAAUGAAAAGGGAAAUUCUAUCAACGAGGGAGGUAUCUUCAAGUCAUUUGAAUCCAAGGGACAUGAGAAAAGGCAAUUUGUUGAACAAUCUUCGGUAUUGCAAGCUAAUCCUGCAGCCUUUUCCCGGUCACUCAACUUCCGUGAGAUCUCAUGAUCACAGAUAGAAGGAGCCUACCUACUGCAACAAUUUGCUGCUGACCGUUUUUUAUCACCUUUUUCGCAAUGUCAAUCCCAGAACUUCAAACCAGAGCAAAGCUGUUUCUGACUAGAUCACACAGAUGUUUUUUUUUUCCUUUAAUCUUGUGUAACUGUAUGGGCAGGUACUUUAGUUUUCAGCUUAAAUGCUUCAAAUUGUUUGUAUACAUACUUGAGUGAGAGGUAGUAUAAGUUAACAUAGGUAAUAUGGAGAGAGAGAUACUUGGAUGUAAACAAAACCUCAUGUGCAGAAUAAUUUUGCCAGGUUCUUUCCAACAGUUGCUGUUUC